AUGCGAAGCGAGGGCGCAUUCAACGCGUUCCGGUUGCAGGUGCGGCGCGUGUUCUUGGAUGAGUGUUCGCUGAAGAUGAGCGACCAGCACUUGCUGAAGCCGCUGGUGACAUUGCUCGGUGGAUGCAGCUUGCUGGACGUAGGGAAUUUGGUUGGAGACAAUCUUGCGGGGGACACUCGGCCGGGAGGAAGCGUCGUUGCUGAAGAAUUCGGCAACUGGGGUUCACGAAUCGGGGCCCUGGGGUUUCCGGAGACCUUGCGGUCACAGGAGGAGCGAGCACUGGCGAUCGCCACGGGGAACGUGAACGACGUAAUCGGAGACCUGCUUCGCCAGGUGUUUGCCAACAAUGACGACGACUUCGUUGACGACGACUUCGUCCAGAUGACCAACGGGUCGCGGGACGGCGCUAGCGGCAUUGGCAUAGGCCCAAGUGGCAUGGGUCCUAGUGGUCGUGUGGGCCCGAGCGGUGGUACGGACCCACGUGGUGGCAUGGGCCCACGUGGUAGCUUUCCGGCUUCGGCACCGCUGUAUCGCGGAAGCGACCAAGUUCGGGGGGAUGAGGGCCCGCCGGAUUCGAGGGUUUACGGUGGCCCUACGGCCGGUGGUUCUACGGCCGGUGGUUCUACGGCCGGUGGUUCUACGGCUCAUCCAGUAGACCAGCGCGGGCGGGCCGUGUCUGGUGGUGGGAUAUCUUGGUUUUGUGCUGCGCUGGUUUGGAACCAAGAUAAGCUCAUGGACCUGUUGGUUGACGAUUCUUUCUCUGAUCAGAAUGCUAUUGGAUGCGUGUUCCAGCGGUGGUGGCACCAGCAGCGCUUGGAUAGCAAGUACUUGCCAUUGUCGGACGUGGCUUAUUCUUUGGUUUUGGGCAACGACGUGGACCAGCUGCUGGCGCUACUGGAGAACCAUAGAGACAUGUACUUGCCCUUGGUCCCGUCCAUCAUUGCUCUGCAGAUCUACCUGGACUUCCCCAUCGCCGUGUCAGACAUCACCAGAUCUCUACUUAAUGCCACCGAGGACUUAUGUUGGCUAGUGCAGGAUGAAGCACGACCCAAUGAGGCACCAGCGGAAGCCAACUCCGUCGAUGGAGGUCAAGACAUGCCAGAUGGAUGUGGCGAUGGAGAAAGUUCAGUCACAGAACGCGCAAUCGGAGAACGCGCAAUCGGAGAACGCGCGGUUGGAGAAAGUUCAUGCGCAAUCGGAGAGGACUGGGUACAUGCCCAACAUUGGAUGCGAAACGGCAAGGAAUGGGGAACCACUGACGCUGAAUGGUCCUAUGGCCUGGAGAAGAAGGUCGCUCAAUGGAUCAGUCCCAUAGCCAUGAUGCUUCUGAUAUUUCAGCAAGAUGCCACGGAAGAGACUUUAUUGGACGCUACCUGGUGGGUUAACAACCGGGCGGUUACUUCCCCUCUUCACUACUGCGCUCUCCGAUCGGUAGUGGACACGGUCUUAUUCCACCAUCAGGAUCUGGGAGCUGCCAUCAGACACUCAUGGCUAAAACAGCUUGUUGCAAGAGAUGAAUAUCGCACGUUCACACUCCUUGAAUUACAAUGCAUUGCUGGCGACAGCAUCACCCAGUGGGUCGAAAACAAUGACAAUAGGCCGCCUAGUGGCCUUUCGCCUAUUCCGGAAACCUAUACUGAGGCUACCGACCUGAUUAAAAGUUUCGCUCAGGCCAUCGAACCUUUACACGAAGACAACCCGUUCGUUAGGACAAUAGCCGCCCAACAUGACAUGGUUCAAAAGGCUCUUUACGUAACCAAUUACCGCACCGUCCAUCCGUUAAUCAAGCAAGGUGCUCUGCUUGGGCUUCUACUCAGAGGCUUAUUACCCCAGACUCUGCCCUCACAACGGGCUGAGAUCAUUGUUACCGCAUACGAAUACUUGGUUAAUGUAGUUAGUAAAACACAAACAUUAGAUACGGAGCGAAUUUGGCAUUUGUUAACACGAGUAGCAGACCGCACUCACCUCCAUCAGUCAACUGUCGACGAUUUGCUAAGAAAUUAUCCUAAACUGCUCGAAGAGGAAACGUCCAGCGCUAUAAAGAUUAAUAAGGUCAGGAGCAUACGACAUCUAAUACUGAAUGCCGUACCGGACCAUGUUAAAUGA